CCCGAGACUUAGGCCAUGUUUAGAGCCAAUAGAUAAUCCUUGCAUUCUUGCAUAUGGCCUCUUCCAGUCAAAUCGUUGACGAUUUUGAAAACUCUUUCCAGGCAUGUCUCGCAGCUGUCACAAACCCAGAUUAUUUCUACGUACGAGAUUCCGAGGAAGUCAAGACAGGAGUGGAACAAACAAUACAGCGAUUCCUCGACGUUGCGAAACAGAUGGAGUGCUUCUUCCUGCAGAAACGGCUGGUGCUUUCUGCUCAGAAACCGGAGCAAAUUGUCAUGGAAGACAACACGGAGCUUAAGAAUGAGCUUGCACGAAAGGAGCAGCUACUACAGAAGUAUCAUGAGAAGAUCCACUUCUGGCAGAGCUUGCUGAACGACACCAACAAUGCUCCAGGCCCACCUCAACAGCAGCCGCAGAUGCAGCAACAGCCACAGUUGCAGCAACAGCUACAGCAGCAACAGCCACUGCAACAACCGCCGCAGCCAGGCAAUCCACAGGUCAUGCAGCCAGGGGCUCCCAUGCAGCAAGGCAUGCCCAUGAAUGGAACUGUGCAGGGACUUCCCGGACCUCUGGCCUACCUGGAGAGAACCACUUCCAACAUCGGGAUGCCAGACUCGAGACGCUGACUGUCUGCACCCUGUCAGCCCGCUCUACUUGGUGGGCAGAAGAGCGCACAGCCAUUGACAAAUUUGGCAAGCAUCUGUGGGACUUGUCAGUUUGUUUUCCUCGUGUAUGUGGCACCGACGUAGGACGGUAGACAUCCCCCUCGCCCUCAAAGCAAAACAAUGCCACUUUCCGUGGCGUCGAACAGCCCAAAAUACAACCGGGAUGCUCGACAUAGAGGGAGGGGUGGGUGAAACCAAGAGUGUAGCAUCCAAGAUUGAAGAGCAGAUACUAAAUAUUGAUAUAUUUGAAUGAUAGAACUAUUAUAAAGGAAAAAGAAAUGGCAUUGUUGCUAGUAGGCGAGCAUCGAUUUGUGCGAGAUAUUGUUGCAUGGAAUCUGUUUCUCUCUUGUCCCGUGCAGUCUUGAGGGCAGUUUUGAACUGGGCUUUUCCAAGGUUGCAGUUAGGGAUGGCCACUGCAUGCUGCCAUAGAGUUCAAUUAUUGACAUAUUUACAUGUGUGGCAAUGCCAUGCCAUAGGGCUUGAUUACAAAGGUAGUUUAGAUUGCAUUUAUCUGGAAUAGACCAAUUGUUUUAUCUUUUACUCGGCAGUAUAUAAAUAACUCCAAACGAUAUUUCUUAAGAAUUUAUCAUGGUUGCAUUAGGUUUUAGUUAGUUAAUUUGGCAGUGUCUUGAGCACCACAUUUUUAGGUGCUCAAGCAUGGCUAAUCCAUUGUGAAGAUCGUUGAGCAUUCUGCUGCCAAUUUUGUCUAGCACUACCUUUUAUGUAGUCAUUGCACUUCGACAAUGUGGUAUGGUCCACAUGCUUUAAUUUGAACAGCAAAUAGCUGAAUAAAAUGGCAUUUUUCUAAA